GCCAGGUGCAGGUGGAGCCAUUCUGAUUUACAUCUGCAUAAAAUUGGAUGGUAGCACCAUAAUGUGUUAUUGAAACAAGCUUAGCAAUAAUGGGGUUUUGGCAGGUUGGAUUUGGAUUGGUGUUUAUUCUUGCACUUGGAUUUUCUGAAGCACAAUGGAGAGCAAGAGCAGCGCACAAUCAGAGUCCAAGUGAGUUUAGGCCUAGAACAUUAGCUCAAGCUUCUCAACAGUCUGAAUCCUGGAUGUCUUUGGUUCCCAGCAACAAUGCAUUUGCACCACAGAGCUUUCCCGCUCAGGUUCCUGUCCAGACACCAGUCAGCACUGACUUAAGAAAGUCUUCUCAAGACCUUAUGGGUGUUCAAUUAAAAGAGCUGUUGCAGGGUCCAGUGGCAAAACUGACGUGGAGCUUUCCAAGUCUACCAGAAGAACCACAGCAGCCAGACGUUCCUUUUGAGUUGCCUUAUCCUGUCCCUGCCAACAGUGUAGCUGCUCAGUGUGGAGAGAAUUCAGUAUAUGUGGAAGUGAUGAAGGACUUCUUUGGGACUGGGCACCCACUGUUGUCCUCUGGUUUUACACUGGGAGGCUGUACUGCAACUGGAGAGGAUUCUUCUGCUCAAGUGCUGAUCUUUGAGUCUGAACUGCAUGGAUGUAGCGGCACCUCAAUGGUGACUGAGGAUGAGCUUGUCUAUAGGUUCAACAUUAUGUACACCCCACAAGAGGCUUCAUAUGGUGUUCCUAUUGUCAGGAGCAGCGGUGCGGUGGUUGCCAUCGAGUGUCAUUAUCCAAGAACACAUAAUGUGAGCAGUGACGCCUUAAUGCCCACUUGGAUCCCAUAUGCCUCAACUGAGUUUGCAGAGGAUGUGUUCGUCUUCUCCCUCAAGCUCAUGACUGAUGACUGGAGAUUUGAGAGACCUUCUAACCAGUACUUCCUGGGUGACAUAAUAAAUCUUGAAGCAUCAGUGCGUUUGUACAGUCAUGUUCCCAUCCGUGUGUUUGUGGACAGCUGUGUGGCUACUGCAGUCCCUGAUGUUGCUUCUGUCCCCAGAUACUCCUUUAUUGAGAAUAAUGGGUGCCUGGUUGAUGCCAAGCUCACAGGCUCCACGUCUCACUUUAUGCCCCGGACUCAAGGUGAUAAGCUAAGGUUUCAGCUAGAGGCGUUCAGGUUCCAGCAAGCGGACAGUGGGCUGGUCUACAUCACGUGCAUUUUGAAGGUGGCUGCAGCAACAUCUCCAAGUUCUGAACAGAAAGCUUGUUCAUUCUCUGCUAAUGGGUGGGUGUCUGCAGAUGAUUCUGACCAGGUUUGUGGCUGCUGUGACACAACGUGUAGCAUUAGAAGUGGAAGUGAUCAACUGCUUGCAGAUCUACGCUGGGAGAAGGCAUCUGUCGGCCCCAUCAAUGUUAAAGAAUAUGGCUAUGGCCAAAAAUAACUGGAAAUGUCAAAUGUCAUGGUGAUUUUUAAUAAAUGUUGCUAAUAUAUUUGG